AUGUCUUCAAGCUCAAGGAGUCGCUCCCGUAUAGCGCACGUCGAGGACGCGGAAGAGGACUCUGGAAGCUCCAUCAAUGGCAUCGAAGGCACUCGCAAAUAUGCCGUGUCAGAGGCGUAUAUGAGCCCGAUCAAGAUACAGCCCAAUUCAGGCAAAUCGCGCUCCGAUAAACGACUAGUCAAUUCGAGAUCAUCAUCUACUAGCGUCAGCUUCGACGAAUCUGGCCCCUCAUCAGACAAAAGGGGGAAGCCUCUGACCAGACGGACCGCCGACAGAGAGUACGGUGAUAUGGAACCGAGGAUUCGUGAUCGAGACCGCAGGAGAAGAGAGCACCGGCUGAGGGACGAGGAGGAAGAGGAGGAAGAAGAGGAGAACAGACGAGCCGCCGCCGCCCAAGCAAAGGCAGCCAAGGCGAAGGCGAAGGAGCAAGACGCUCGGCCCCUCAGGAAACAACGUCCAACCUCGCUCAAGUCGUCUGCCACACAACCAGUGAUUCAGCAGAUGUAUAAGAGAGGUCAUGUUGAUAAUCCUGCAAACUAUGGCAUACAGCAACCUGCUAUCACGGGCAAUCGCCCAAGAGCACAGACACGGCCUGCGAGCUAUUAUGCUGGUCAGCCUAUACGACCAGCUCCCAUGAAUAUGGCAUGGUACCCCCCUCCACCCUCAGCACAGUUUCCCGUAGGAUCAUUCCCUCCCCCGCCCACUUGGCAGGGACCUGGAGCUUCGCCAGGUGGCUUCGCCGGGCCGCCUCCGCCAUCCCCGGUUGGACCUCCUGCUGGAUAUUUUGAUGGAGGAGGUGUGGCUGCAAAUCCUCACAGUCACCUUCGGUAUCGGUUCGAUACUCGCCCUUCUUCUGCCAUGGGGUAUCACAGGCCAGGCCCGCCGCCGCCUCCUCGUCCGCCGCCAAGCCUUGACUACUAUGAUCCGGAGGAUUUUACAGACGAGCCACCUCCCGUGUCUCGGCCAACCCGCCGGCCGUCGAGGUCGAGACGAGCAGAAGACGACCGUAGGAGGAUGCCGCCGCCCGAGCAUAUCCCUAUUCGCCCGCAGUCUGCAUUGCCACCGUCGACACCAUACCGUCCACCGCCUCUGUCACAGCGUCCUCCCUCACGCCAAAGCCAGUCCAGACCUCCACCAGCUCACCGAAGAUCCGUAGGAUUCGCCGAUCAAGCGGGCUCAGAUGAUGACGACUUUCUGGGCGAUGAUGGCCUAUUCCAUGAUAUCUCACCUAAUGCCUCGUUUGAUCAACGGCAGGCAGUAGCACGCCGUCCGCGGCGCGCCUCUGUUGCCUACGAUAACCAUGACUAUGACCUCGUGCCGGCUACGAGUCGAGAUCGGCGAUCGUCCAUGUAUGGCUCCGCCCUGCCUUCUGGUGGAGUAAGUCUUGAUGACAAGAAAUAUACUGAUGCCUUGAAGUAUCAGGAAGCCAUCGGUGGUGCUCCGCAGAUGCCGCUAACUGCUGAAAUGUUGCGGAAAGCCGGGAAGCGAGGUGCAGCCGCUAGCAGCCGCUCCACUCGCAGUAGCGGUAGCCGUGACGACAGCGAGUAUAAGCGUAGCAAUGCAACGGGAAUCACACGGACUUCCUUCAACAGUGACGACUUCACCAUAAAGGUCUCUGGGGGGGCGCGUGUUCGUGUGCCAGGCGCCGAGAUAGAGUGCGAGGACGGCGGUGAGAUUACAUUCUCGACCCGCCCAAGUGGCUCACGGCCAGCCAGCGACAAGGCCAGCUUGAUGUAUCCUCAGCUUGAGGAUUCUCGCAGUCGCUUGGAGCACAGAAGUCUACCUUAUCGGCCACGGGCUCCAAGCCAGUCCGAUUCUCAAAGCAGAGGCUAUGCACCAAGCCAUGUUGACUACGACUUUCCUGGAGGAUACAUUUGA